UCUCUUUCCUUGACCAACCCCCUUUGUUUGUUGCUCCCUCUCCGAUCCCUGCCGUCUCUCUCUCUCUCCACACCUCUACAUACUGUCUCUAGAGUCCAGCCGGUCUCGUCGUCUUCUUUUAACCCUGCAUUAUAUUCAACCCCAGCCGAGGCGGCGAGCUAAGCUUUGCCGCCCCUGUCAUGGGGGUGUUAUAGAGAUCGAGGCACGCACACCCGCCCUAGUCGCUAGCUUCGUCUCGCGAGGAUGACGUGGUGCAAUGGCUUCAACGACGUGGAGAGCAGCCUGUCCCCGGCCGCCGCCGUGGCCGCCGCGGGGAAGAAGGCGGCCGCGUCGCUCGCCGUCCUCGUCAAGAUGUGCCCGUCCUGCGGCCACCGCGCGCAGUAUGAACAGGAGACCACCACGAUCCAGGACUUGCCGGGGCUGCCGGCCGGCGUGAAGUUCGAUCCGACGGACCAGGAGCUUCUGGAGCACUUGGAGGGCAAGGCGAGGCCGGACUCGCGGAGGCUCCACCCCCUCGUCGACGAGUUCAUCCCCACCAUCGAGGGCGAGAACGGCAUCUGCUACACGCACCCCGAGAGGCUCCCCGGCGUGAACAAGGACGGGCUCGUCCGGCACUUCUUCCACCGGCCGUCAAGGGCCUACACGACGGGGACGAGGAAGCGGCGGAAGGUGCACAGCGGCGACGGGGACGACGGCGCCAGCGGCGCCGGCGGCGAGACGCGGUGGCACAAGACCGGCAAGACGCGGCCGGUGCUGUCUAACGGCAGGCCCCGCGGGUACAAGAAGAUCCUGGUGCUCUACACCAACUACGGCAAGCAGCGCAAGCCCGAGAAGACCAACUGGGUGAUGCACCAGUACCACCUCGGCUCCGACGAGGAGGAGCGCGACGGCGAGCUCGUCGUCUCCAAGGUCUUCUUCCAGACGCAGCCCAGGCAGUGCGGCUCCACGGCGGCCAAGGAGGCCGUUGCCGCCAACGCCGUCGCCAACAGCAAUGCGCAUGCUCUUGGCGGCCAUCAACAGGGUGGCAGCGUUCUCAGGGAAGCAAACGGUGUCGAUCAGUUCUACAACCCAGGAACAAUGAUGGGGUACGGCCAGGGGGUCCCGAAUAACAGGGUACCUCCUGCUCCUGCUGCAGCUCACUUCAUGCCUAACUUCGCAGUGCAUGCAGCAAGGGCUACCUUUGGCCCUUGAAUCAAGAAUUCAGGACGUGAGUAACAAGAACAUAUUCAAUUCGGAAUCGGAGACUAAAUAGGGAUUUAGGAGCAGGUCAUGUCAUCAGGGUAUUUGUCCAUGGCCUGAAAAACUACAGCACAAGUGAAGAUACAUUAUGCUGUGACUGUAGAAAGAUAUCAUGUUCUUUGCAGUCUAACUUGACGUUGUUUAUGAACUAUUAAAACUGUUUCGUUUAACAUGCCUUUUUCAAUAUAUAUUCCUCAUCA